AUGAGAUUAUCGAGUAGUUUCCUCGCACCUGACCAUGGGAAUAUCCCGACAUCGCCAACGCCUUCCGAGUUCAGUGUUACUCCUUCCAUCGUACGGCCAACGCUGGUAUGCGACGUCGGUAAUUGCCGAGUACUGUUCAGUGGCAAGUUUCGACGGAGUAAUUUCGCUCGCCACAUUAGACUCGUGCAUAAACGAAGAGAAUACCGCUGCGCAGUGGAAUUUUGCGAUAAAGUCUUCAGGAGGCAGGACGCACUCAAGAAGCACUUCGAUAAGAAGCAUCGAAGGCCCUAA